AUGGCGGCCCCAUCGAGCUCAGUCGCGCUGCACUUCAACAAGACAAGCACGCCAGCCGCACCCACCCAAAGCAACCCGCUCCCACAACUCCUGCAGACACCAUCCGGCCUGGCCCUGCUAGAGCUCCAGGGCACGGUCAACCUGCCGGCGGCGGAUGGGGAUGAGGGGUCGCAGCAGCAGCAGCACGUGCCGAUCGGCCGCCUCGACUUCCCGGACUACAGGCCCGACUCGAUCACCUUUGACGCGUCGAGCACGGCGUGGAUGAAGCGCGUGUACAUGUACGUCGGCCAGCACCAGCGUCUGACGGGCGAGGUGAAGAAGCUGCCGCGCGCCGUGGGCGUGGUCCGCCGGCGGCAGCAGUCUGGGGCUGAGGAUCAGGACGACAGGCCCGAGGAGCUGGAGGUCGUGGAGAUUGUCAAGUACAAGAUUGUGUUCUCGUCGAGGCCUGAGCCGGUCGGCACGGCGUGA